AUGUCUACCCUCACACACGGUGGCAGAAUCGUGCCCAUACUUACGGGUCACCAACAACACCAACACCUUGACUCCACAACCCCAAGCUCCGAUGUACUACAAAACCACAUUUUUCCACCGGCCAUCCACCCCUCCCCGCUGCUGGUCCAGCAAGAGGACACGCCGGCUAUACGUCAAAAUAAAGCCUCGGACCACCAGUGUUUAGAGAUGCCCUGCUUGAAGCAACGCAGCCUCUUUGCCUUGCCAACAGAAGGUGAUGGAAAUUGUCUAUAUUACUCCCUCUCCGAUCAACUCUAUGGCAACUUCGAACAUGGCCAUGAGAUUCGCCAAACGUUAGCCGAGCACAUAGCUGAUAACAGGGAUUACUUUAUGCAAUUUGUUGUUGCUAAAGGUGGGGAGCGUCGCCGUCCCAAGCGAUCCGCCGUCUCCGCGUACGCCACGCGUUCAGCCGAUGUGGCUGCCCCGUCGGAAGAGGAUAAGGAACGGCGGUUUGAGGAAAUGGUAGCUUCAACGCGUAAAAAUGGAGAAUGGGGGAGUUCUGAGCAUCUACAGGCAUUUUGCCAGGCCUAUCAAGUAGACAUCAACGUCUACACUAUGGAGGGUGUUCAAGCAUUUCGGGAUGUCAACGCUUCCCAUGAUGAACAUCGUGAAGUAGUUCAUGUGGCUUUCCACGACUUCAAACAUUAUUCUUCAGUGCGACCUUUGGAUGGACCUCACCAUGCGCUAUUUGCUCUUCCAAAAACGCAAAUUGGACCACGCCCAUGCCUUACAAAACCUGAGGAAACAGACUCCAAGGCAUCCAUUUUGUCUGAUUCUAAAGACUUGGGUGACAAUCCUAUCCAUCCCUCCCCUAGUAAAGACUACGACGAUACCAUUAAGAACAACAACUUGACCUCUGACAUCCCUAUCCCUCCCAACAACCCCCCUCAAGACCCCACCCCAGACCCUAUGCUUGCUGUUGAUGUCUUUCCUCCUUGGGAUAUUCAGUCUAUUCAAGAUGGACUGGGAGGGCGUUACGAUCGCGAUACCAUCGUAGAUAUGCUGCAGAAAUGCCGCGGUGAUAUUGAUCGCGCAUUUGCAGCACUCCUCGGUGAAACCAACGAAGAUUCCACAGGAAAGAAAUUAGCACCCGGUCCUUGUUUCAAAUCUAGUCUACAAGUUUCACGGGAGUCGUCGCCUUUCAGCACUGGGAGCAAACGCUCUGCCGAAGAUAGCGAUGAUUCUGAAGACCCUCGCCCAGCAGUUCGGCGAGGUCGACCAAAGAAGCGGGCUGUAUCCAACCUUACAUUGGGUGUGGGCAUUUCCUUCCGAGACGACCAAAAUGAGGUCGUCUCACUCAAUUUACGAGUCAGCACUAUCCAAUUUCCUCGAGCAGGCACAUGUGCUGACAGGUUCCACAAACAGAUGAAGGCCGAUGCUGAAAAGGCAGAGAAGGCCGAGGCAGACCCUGUAUUUGUAUCAAAUGAGGGCACUCCUGUGCAAUCGGAUUCGGAUACAAAAUCAAGGCCACGUCGCAGCGGUCGUCUUUCAAAGCCUCGUCCAGCUUAA